CAUGGCGAGAGUGGUGAGUGCGGAAGACUUCAGUGGAUUACGCCCCUACUCUCAUGGAAUCAUAUUUACUGCAAGACCACAGUCUACACCAGGCAGAGCACCAUCAUGCAGAAGCAGGCAAAGCUCAAUUAAAUCAGCUUCAUCUACAUCUGUGCGUUCUGUCCCAGAUUCCAUGCUAUCCUCCUCAGAAAUUGAGCAGAUUUUACUUAAAAAGACAGCUGAAAAAGAAGGUGAACUUAAAAAAGCAUUUCAGACAAUUGACAUUGAUCACACCCUAACAGUCACAAAAGGCGAAUUCAGAAGAGUGAUUGAAACCUUUCUUUUUCCUCUGACACAAGCACAGUUUGAUUCUGUGCUGGCACAGAUUCCGAUGACUAGCAAAGUUACUGUACCAUAUCUUGACUUCCUGGCAAAGUUCACUAGGGUUGCCAAAAGUGUCAACAUGCAAAGAAGAUGGAAUGAUAGCCAAGGCAGCCAAACCAUGACAUUAAGUCAGCUGGAGUCCCUCUUAAAGGAAAAGAUUUCAAAGAAUUUGAAAAGCAUCAUCAAGACCUGUAGACUUUUUGACUAUAACCGAACAGGACAAAUACAGCGGCAUGAGCUAAGACGGAUUCUUGAGAUCAGUUGUUUCAGGAUGAAGGAUGCAGAGUAUGAAAAACUGUGGAACCAUUCCUGUGUUGGUAAAACGAAUACAUUGGAUUAUAAAGAAUUUCUGAAGAACCUUGGUAUAAAUAUGGGUACAGUUAAGAAAAAUGCAACAGAAAACCAACGCCUAGCACUGAACUGGGAGGAGACACAGGACAAGAUGCCAAAACAGAAUAAGCUGUCACUACAGACUUCACCAGCUGAGGGUAGUUUGAUAGAAUGCACACUAGAUGACAUAGAGAUGGCUUUUAGGAAAAAGCUGUACUCAACCUAUCAGGACAUUGAAAAAGCCUUCAGAGCAUUUGAUGUCAGUCAGAGUGGAUUUGUGUCUUUGGAUUACUUAAAGUCAGUCAUAAAUGGCUUUAUAUUUCCAUUACCAAAUGGAACUUUUCAAGAGCUAAUGAAUAGAUUUGGAUUUAAAGCCACAGGUAAAAUUGCCUGGCAUCAAUUUUUAGAGAAAUUUCAGGACCCUGUGACAUAUGAAAAUGGACAGACACUUCCUAUAAGAAAGAACCACAGAGUACACCCAAUCAGAGGAAUGGAUGAAGCUUUCUCAAGUAACAGUAUCCUUCUAAAGCUACGCAGACACAUCCAAAAUGCAUAUCCAUCACUGAAGCAGGCAUUUCUCAUGAUUGAUACAAAACAAGAUGGAAAGAUCACAAGAAAUGAGCUUCGUCGCGUUUUGGACUGCAUCUUAUUUCAAAUAAGAGACAAGGACUUCCAAGACCUAAUCAAGAUAAUUGAUCCAGAACACACUGGGUACCUCAGCUACCAUACAUUUUUAGACUUGUUUGAAGAAAAGGAAUCUCUAAUGGGUCAUAAAUGGCUUAAUGGAACAAAGGAAGUUAAGAAGCCACCUUCUCUUGUUCUAGCUUGGGAUACUGUGGAAGACAUUCUUUCGGAUAAAAUCACAGAAAAUUGGAAAGACUUCCACAAGGCUUUGCAGACCUGUGACCCUAAAUGUACAGGCAUUAUUAGCAGAAAUCAGCUAAGAAAAAUUGUACAUAUAUAUUGUCCCUCUUUGUCCGAUGAACAAUUUACAAAACUAUGCCAUAAAUUUCAAGAUAUUUCUCCUGAUGGGAUCCUUUACAGGAUGCUUUUGGAGAGCUUAGGAGUUGCUGUUUUACCAGGUGACUUAACUGGUAUCAGCACACAGAUCUCAAAGGGAAGUCAACAGAGAGAAGAAAAAAGACAAACAGAUCUUUCAGAGAGAAUGAAACAGAUUGAAGAUCAAGCCAAUAAGCAUACCAAGAAUAGAACUGUUGAUGAAGUAAUUGAAAGGCUCAAGGACAGUGUGAUACAACAGGAAGCAACUAUUAAAGACAGCUUUCUUGCCUACAACAAGCAACCAAAUGGAAAAAUUAGUAAAGAUGAUUUCCGGAAGGUGUUGGAAGAUCAUGGGAUGCCAAUGGAUGAUAGCCAGUUUAAUCUACUGACUGAGAAAUUAGGAUUCCCAAAUGGAGGGCUGAGUUAUCUUGAUUUUGUAGCAGUAUUUGAAGAUCCCAGACUGAAUGGACCAGGAGCUACAUUAUAUUGCAGUCCAAACCACCGAGUAAAUAGCACUAAAUUUCACUACAUGACUGCUGAAGAAUGUCUAAGUCAAUUUAAUGAUAAACUGAUGGAAGGAUAUGGGGACACCUACUCUGCCUUCCGUAAAAUAGAUAGUAACCGUGAUGGUAUCAUCAACAUGCUUGAUUUUCGACACCUCCUGGAGAGCUUUGUGUUCAUCCUUUCAGAUGAGGAGUACUCACGCCUACUUGGUAUAUUGGGCAUGAACCUGAACUCUACAUUAAAUUACCAGGAAUUCCUUCAACUGUUCCAGACCCAAGAAACAAAAGAGGCACAUCCUUGGCUGAAUCCAUCUCACAAACCAAAACAGACAGUAACGGAUGCAGAACUAGCUUGUGAUCAGGCUCAUUACUAUCUUGUUAUCAAAGCACAGACCAGAUGGCAUGACCUAGCAAGGACUUUCCGUGAGUUUGAUAGCGAAGGCAAUGGCAUUGUGCAGCCAGAGGAUUUGAGAGCUGUCUUGUUCAGAUUUGCCAUUCCAAUCACCCCAAAAGAAUUUGAAAAGCUUUGGGCAAGGUAUGAUACAGUUGCAAAAGGCUACCUUACUCACCAAGAAUUUCUGCAGAAAUUGGGGUUAGAGUUUGCACCAGCUGACACCGGACUAAGCAGACAUAUUGUGGAAGACAAUUAUGCAAGUUUAAUGGAGCAUUACAGUAAUCAGCAAAAGAAGCAUUUGGAGAUGGAAGAGCAGCAGAAACAGCAAACUAAAGCCCUACAUGUCAGUGAGAUUAAAAAGCAGAUCAAGGAUAAAUUUAGGGACUACUUCCAAGACUUCAACAAGGCCUUUUAUAGACUGGAUAAAAAUAAAGAUGGCUAUAUAACAGUAGAUGACCUACGCAGGAUGCUGCAAGAAUUCAACUAUUAUCUUGAUGAUGAACAGUUCACCAGUCUUCUAAACAGUUUAGGAAUCAGUAUUCAUGACAGCAAGCUCUCUUAUUUUGAUUUCCUGAGAGCGAUUGAUGAUGGCAGAGCAUCGAAAUACCAGAAGAGACAAAAGCAUGCUGCACCACCUGCAAGCUUUGCAAUGCUCAGCUUAGAAAAGACCCUAAUUAAGAUAAAAGAAAUAGUUACAUCUUCUUAUGAUUUGUUAUACAAGGCAUUUUCUCUGUUUGAUAAAGAAGGCACUGGGGCAAUUAAAGCACUGGAAUUCCGCCAGGUACUUGACCAUUUCUGCUUUAAACUAUCGGACAGGCAAUUCAGGCACCUACUCAAGAAGCUAAGGAUUUAUGAAAAUCAUACAAUAGACUGGAAAUUUUUCCUGAAAAAUAUUAAUCUCCUCUUAGAGACUGAGGAAGGGCAGAAAGUCGCUCAGCCUAAAUCUUCUCAGGAGCUGUCAAAGAAAGAUAUCCUUACACGUAUACAAGAAGUAGUGACUGCUCGCUUUAACACCAUUGCACAAGAGUUUAAAGAUAUCGAUUGUGAGAAAGUUAAUACAGUAUCAAAAGAGGACUUCCGGGGUAUUUGCAACCGUCACUUUCUGCUUCUGACAGAUGAACAAUCCGAAGUAGUGACAAUGCCAUCAGAUACUCCAUCCACAAACAAUGCUCCAUGUUCCUCCAAGCCCACUACCCCUGCUGAGCCUGGGUCACGGUUACCUUCUCAACCUUCACGUCCCAAGACAGCAUCUUCUCCAUUAGGUCAAGUAAAAACUCCAAUGUCCAGCCGGCCUCGUACUGCAAUGGCAUGGUCCCCACCUUUACUGAACUGCGAACCAAUAGAAAAUAAAAUAAGAAAGAUCAUUCAACAUUCCUGGAGAGAAAUACUGAAAGACUGUAGAGAGAAGGAUGUUGACCGACUAGGAGAAAUCUCAACAUCCGAUUUCUUAGCCAUAGCAGAGAAGUUCAGUUUGGAUUUAAGUAAAGAAGAGAUUAGCCAAAUAGCAACAAAAUACGACAUUAAGAACAAUGACAAAUUUGCAUACUGUGACUUUCUCCAAAGCUGUGUCCUAUUAAUGAAACCACAAGAAAGUUCAUUGCUACAAAGGAUGAUCAUUCAGAAGCCACGAAUACCGAGGAGUCCUGGACCGCAGAGCCUGACAUUUUUCAAUGCAAUGCUAAGAAUUCAACCCCAGAUCUUGCACUGCUGGAGACCGAUGAGACGAACGUUUAAAUCCUAUGAUGAAAGUGGGAGCGGGCUAUUAAGUGUUCAGGAUUUCAGGCAGGUGCUGCGUCAGUAUCACAUCAACCUGACUGAGGAAGAGUUUUUUCACAUUUUGGAAUUUUAUGAUAAAUCAUUAUCUUCAAAAAUUUCCUAUAAUGAUUUCCUCCGGGCAUUCUUGCAAUAGGAAAUGGAAGGUGUCAUCAAAUGCAAGAAACUAUAGAUAACAGAGCUAAUGACUGAUUUAUAAUUUCUAAUUAAUAAAUUAACCAACUAUAGCUUUUCUUUUUGCAUCAGCAAUCUCAAAAUACUUACAAGUCUGACAAAUACAGUGGCCAUAGGUUGUAGAGCAAAUCUACAUGACAGAACUAUUAAUAUUCACAUAAUCCAUUUAUCUGAGACCGUACAGGCAUCUGCAAAAGAAAUACAAUUAAGAAAAUAUUUUUUGUAAUUAAAGUUUUAUUAAUUAACCCCCCUUUUUAAUUUCAAUAAAGAUUUGAAAGGCCUACUAUUCACUUUUAUAAGAUAUAAUAGAAAUAAUACAUUUGGAAAAUUAUAUAAUCCUUCAUUAUUAGAAAAUUAUCUGCUUUACAAUCUGUCUUUCUUCCCACUUGAUCAUGCAGUGACAUAUUUAGAUCUCCAGUAGCUUUAUAUGUUGACAUGGAACAGCUAUUAUACUCUGAAAAGACACACUAGCUAUGCCUUGACGUGUCAUCUUUUUCCAAUGAAACCUUUCCCCAUAAUUUUCCCAUAUUUGAACAUAAAAAUGGAAGUUAAAAAUAAAAUUAGAAAGAGCUAAUUUGCCAUUCACUAUUGUAUUUGUCACUGCAAAUGUGGAAGUGUAUACCUCUAACUUGCGUCUCCUCAUGUUAACCCAAGAUUUAUUUUUAUGGAUUUUUAUGGAUAAACUAUUUUUCAUAAUGUAUAGUGCACUAAAAGUAAAAUAUCCAGUUAGAUUGAUUGGUUUUGUGAAAGUGAAUAGUUUGAGCACCUAUUAGAAAAUUAUGGGGAAAGGUUUAAAUGGAAAAAGAUAACAUGUCAAGACACAGCUAGUGUGUCUCUGGUAUAUGUAGAUUUUAAAAGAGAAAUUAAAAGAUAAUUAAUUUGGCUGCCAAUCUCUUUGGUAAGCAGUGAACUUAUGAUCAGCAGGUUCUGUUUUCUGGGCUUAUAUCAAGACUCAAAUGGGUACAUUCAGUAACUAUUAGGACAGUACAUCUCUUUGUGGCAUCUUGGAUCUGUUCUCUGCCACUCGGUCAUUUUCACUGAUCUACUGAAGAGCUCUAUGUCACCACAAUAUGUGGUGGCUUUCCAUGUUUCUUUGCUUUCUUGCAAAUCAAAAAUAAAGUUAUUUUUAAAAAAGAGAAAGAAACCUCUCAAAGAACAAGUUCUAGAUUUAUAUGUGAGUCUCUUCAGUCAUUGUCUAGAAAGUGAUCAGUGGUAGGAUGCUUGAAUGAAAGCAUAAAAGGUGCAAACAUUUUCUAUACCUAACAUUUUAAUGCAUUUAUAGCAACAUCUUAAAAAGAGUUGGUAAAGUAGCACCAAAGAUUUCAAUACAAAGCAGAGUAACUACUAACUGGGGUAAUGCACAUCCAAACAAUUUCUCUUUCUUAUUGCUGGUGAACUUGCCGGCCAUUACUAUGGGUCUGAUCCAAAGACCAUUGAAGUCAGCUGAAAGAUUCCCACUGACUUUAAUGGGGUUUGAAACAGGCUUUGUCUGAGGAAAUACUUAAUCUCAUUUGAAACUUCAAAGAAGAUGUUUGGUGGAUUUUAAAUUAAAAGUGUUAAUGAGACUUGGGGUUGUUUGGCUUUGGUGAUUUUGGUUCUUGAUCUCUCAUAUCAAUAUGAUCUGUAUUUUGUUUAUCACACACAGUUCAGGAACACUUGUUAUAUAUUCAAGGAAUUAUACUUGAAAAUUGAUACACUUGAGAUAGUAACACAAAGGAUACUUUGUUACAUUUUCUUUGAAAAGUAUUUGUCACAUAUAAAUCCAUUCAAUGAGAACUGCAUUUAGUGCUUAGAAUGAUGUAAGGGGUUCUCCUCUACCAACCCAAUGUGCAAAAGUUCCAAGUUCCAUUUACAGGUAAUUUAUACAGAUUCACAUAAAUAAAAGAAUCUAAAAUCCA